UUUUGAUCCUCUAAAAAAAAAACCAUAAAUUCCUGCAAUUCAUUUCUAUCAUUUUGGAUAUGAAGAACUCUUUUCGAUUUUCGUUCACCGUUAUAACUACCUUCAUCAUUUGUGUACUAGUAUCUGGCGCGAUGGUGAAUGGACAAUGUUCAUUCCCUCAACCGGUAGGACCAAAUGGGAAAUGUGUUCCCAAAGAUUGCAAGUCUUUGUGUCACAAGAAGUAUAAAGGAGGCAGUAUAUGUACUACUGGGAAACCAAACAUUUGCAUGUGCUUGGUUUGCAGACGACGCUCACCAGAAGUAUAAAGGAGGCGGUAGGUGUACUACAGGAAAAUAAAACAAGUGCAUGCAGAUGCUCUUAAUGAAUGUGUAUAAUACAACUAUAUAAGUUUACAAUCCAAAUUCAAGUUCACAUUAUGAUUUAUGCAUGCAUAUUAUUAAUAAUUAAAUUCUCAUAAUAUAAUCUAAUAUUUUCUUUGGUAUGUUGCGCAAUAUUUUGUACUAGUGGAUCGUUAUCAAAGUACUACUCUCUAUGUGGAUUCUUUUUUUUUUUUUUUUUUUUCU